AUAUACGUCAAGUCACAGAAAGGAAGUGAAAAGGACUAUUACUUUUUUUUUUUUUUCAUUCACUGUAUUAUAUAAAACUAACUUUACGCAAGGAAACUGUUUCUGGUUCGUCACGAGUUGGAGAGUUUGGAAUCUCCGCUGCCGUUCUGACCCGAGUCUCCCUGCCAGGAUGGCCUCCGAGGAGCAGCUGAACGGGGGCAGACAGUCAGACACCCGGCUCCAGAGCAGGAAACCGCCCAGCCUGGUCAUCAACAUCCCCCCGCCAGAGGAGGACAGGGGGGGCAGCAGCAAGCUGCUCCGACCGUCUCUGAAGAAGAGUGCAAGCCGGCGUGGGUCAAGUGAUGGGCAGUCUGACAGCGAUGCCCAGGAGAGACGCGGUGCGUUCCAGAGACAGAGCUCCCUCACACAGAACAUCCGCAGGGGCACUGCGCAGUGGUUCGGAGUGGGCAGCGACUGCGAGAGCAAGCAGCAGGAGUGGCAGCGCAAGAGUGUGCGGCACUGCAGCCAGCGCUAUGGGAAACUCAAAGCACAGUACAGGGACCUGGAGCUGCCCAGCCAGGACGGGCAGGAGUCCCCCGCACCCUGCAAGCUGCCAAAGAUUGUCGACCCUCUGGCCCGUGGGCGUGCGUUCCGGUACCCUGAUGAAACGGAUCAGCCACGGACCCCCCACCACACCCAUCCCCACCCCCCUCAGACCCCGGGCGUGACGUCGCUCAGCUCCUUCACCAGCGUGCGCUCCGGCUACGCCCGCCUGCCGGCCAGGAAGAGAGAGUCCGUGGCGCAGAUGAGCUUUCGCGCCGCUGCCUCCAUCUUCAAGGGGCGACCCGUGCUGUCCAGCUCGCUGCCCAAGAGGAGUCUCCCUCGACGCAGCUUCGCUCGGCCAAGCUGGCCGGAGGACGACAUCGUGGACACAGCAGACACCUUCGACUCCUCCUUUUUUAGUAAGAUGGACAUGCACGAGGAGAUGUGCUCGAUGGCAGACGACGUGUUUGAAUCCCCCCCACUCUCAGCCAGCUACGCCCCGCCUCCCCCAGCGCCCUUCGGAGGAGACAUGCAGCCAGGGGAGAGCAUGCAGCCCAGCAUUAAGGACGUGUCGAAGACCCCCGCUGUGGGCGGGUCCCCCCCUCGCAGGGGCCGGCGCAUCGCCUCGCAGGUGAAGCACUUUGCCUUCGACAAGAAGAGGCGUCAGUACGGGCUGGGGGUGGUGGGGAAGUGGAUGAACCGCACCUACCGUCGCAGCCUGAGCAGCACCGUGCAGAAACAGCUGGAGGACUUCAACAGCCACAGGCCCUACUUCACCUACUGGAUCACGUUCGUUCACAUCCUCGUCACUCUGCUGGCUAUCGGCACCUACGGCAUCGCCCCUGUGGGAUUCGCUCAGCACGUGUCCUCUGAUCUGGUCCUCCGAAACAAAGGGGUGUACGAAAGUGUGAAAUACAUACAGCAGGAGAACUUCUGGAUAGGACCCAGUUCAGACUCGUUGAUCCACCUGGGUGCUAAGUUCUCCCCAUGUAUCCGGCGUGAUGAGCAGAUCGCUGCUCUCAUCGAGAGGGCGAAGGAGAGGGAGAGGGGAUCAGGCUGCUGUGUCCAGAACGACAACUCCGGCUGCGUGCAGACCCUGCCUGACGACUGCUCAGAGACUCUCGCUAGCUUUGAGAAGUGGACUGAGAAGACUGGCCCCCCGAUGGAGGGUUCUGAUGGAGUGAGGUCAUCGGGAUCGGUGUGUCACCAGGACCCCCGGACCUGUGAAGAGCCUGCUUCCGCCGCGCCUCACAUCUGGCCGGACGACAUCACGAGGUGGCCGAUCUGCACCUAUCAGGGCAAGAAUAACCACACAGGCCUGAAGCACAUGGAUUGUGCCAUCAAGGGCAGACCCUGCUGCAUCGGGACCAAGGGAAGGUGUGACAUCACCACUCGUGAAUACUGCACUUUCAUGCAGGGAUACUUCCAUGAGGAGGCCACGCUCUGCUCACAGGUGCACUGUCUGGACAAGGUGUGUGGUCUGCUGCCCUUUCUGAACCCAGACUUUCCAGACCAGUUCUACAGACUGUGGCUCUCCUUGUUUCUGCAUGCUGGGGUUAUCCACUGCGCCGUGACAGUGGUCUUCCAGAUGACGGUGCUGAGGGACCUGGAGAAGCUGGCGGGCUGGCUGCGCAUCUCUAUCAUCUACAUCCUGAGCGGCAUCACUGGGAACCUGGCCAGCGCCCUGUUCCUGCCCUACCGAGCCGAGGUGGGGCCGGCGGGCUCCCAGUUCGGCUUGCUCGCCUGCCUGUUUGUGGAGCUGAUCCAGGGCUGGCAGAUCCUGGAGAAGCCGUGGAAGGCGUUUUGCAAGCUGCUGGGCGUGGUGCUCUUCCUGUUCCUGUGCGGGCUGCUGCCCUGGAUCGACAACAUCGCACACAUCUUCGGCUUCCUGAGCGGACUGCUGCUGUCCUUCGCCUUCCUGCCCUACAUCACCUUCGGCACCUCGGACAAAUAUCGCAAGCGCGCCCUCAUCCUCCUCUCCCUGCUCGCCUUCCUGGGGCUCUUCUCCUUGCUCAUCGUCUGGUUCUACAUCCACCCCAUCCACUGGCACUGGCUGGAACACCUCACCUGCCUGCCCUUCACCAGCAAUUUCUGUGAGAAGUAUGACAUCGACCACGUGCUUCACUAGCCUCCCUCCAGCUGUGCAGUCCAGGGGGGCUGCCCGAGCGAGCGGUGUGGCUGUGCAGGGGGGGGGCAAGGAGGCAGGCUCACUCAGGCCACACUGUGUGCUGCUUACUACAGACUUUACAUUUAUGAGAGAGAGGGAGAGGGAGUUAGGAGUCAUCUUUAGUUUUAUACAUGCUUUGAGGGCCCAGGGGAGCAAGGAGUGGGGACAGUAGGAAGGGCUAGCUGCCCUGGGAGCUGCCUUGCAUGUCAUCGGGGAACAGUACUCCAGGAUUAUGGGUCUUUUGAAUUUUUUUUAAAACUACAAUUCGUGAGCCUCUGAGAAUUUGGUACGGAUUUGAAAAGAAAGAGAGGUGCAUUUCCUUCAAUCGCAUUGAGUUACGACCAAGUCUAAGAAAAAAGGGCUUUGUGUGUAAUACACGGGGUAUGCUAGCUGUGUUCUGCUACUCCUCAUCAGUGUGCGGUGUUGACUCAG